AAGACCUUCGUGACUCUCUCUAUCUAUACAGACCCCGGAGCUCCUCGAUGGCGGACGCGGCUUCCCCGGAGCCCACUCUGGAUGUGGCCAUCGACCCAGACUUCGAGCCCCAGAAGCGGCCGAGGUCGUGCACGUGGCCGCUGCCUGAGUCCGUCUCGGUCAAGCCCGUAGCUGCCGAUACGGACAUCAUUCCAGAGGAGGAGGAUGAUGAGGAGGAUGGAGGCGCGAUGGCCGUCAACGCGAGCAGCAGCGACGGCGCGAGCAGCCCCGGUGCACCACCGGAGGCAAGCGCGAACGGAGGUCCGGCAACGCAGGGGGUGCAGCAGCAGGAGCAGCAGCAGCAGCAAGCGGGGCAGCAGGGGCAACAGACGACCCCGCGCAAGUCGUCUUCUCGCCGGAACGCGUGGGGCAACCUGUCAUACGCGGACCUGAUCACCAAAGCCAUCGAGAGCGCGCCAGACAAGAGGCUGACUCUGUCCCAGAUCUACGACUGGAUGGUCAGGAGCGUGCCCUACUUCAAAGACAAAGGGGACAGCAACAGCUCUGCUGGCUGGAAGAAUUCCAUCCGGCACAACUUGUCCCUGCAUAGCCGUUUUGUCCGUGUUCAGAACGAAGGAACUGGAAAGAGCUCCUGGUGGAUGAUAAAUCCUGAAGGGGGGCGAGGAGGCAAGGCACCACGUCGUCGUGCUGUCUCCAUGGACAAUGGAAACAAGUACACCAAGAGUGCCCGAGGACGUGCAGCUAAGAAGAAGGCAGCAUUACAGGCUACCCAGGAGGGCUCACUAGAGAAUGUGUCCACAGGAGGGUUAUCCAAGUGGCCAGGAAGUCCAACAUCACGCAGCAGUGAUGAACUAGAUUCUUGUUGGACUGACUUUCGUUCACGAACUAACUCCAAUGCUAGCACAAUAAGUGGCCGUCUGUCACCCAUCCUGGCCAACCCAGAGUUAGAUGAAGUUCCAGAUGAUGAGGUUCCACCUCUCUCCCCAAUGCUCUACUCCAGUCCUAGCAGCCUCUCUCCUCCCUCUUCAUCCUCCUCAAACUCCAAACCAUGCCCAGCUGAGCUUCCACGACUAGGCACCAUGAAUCUCAAUGAUGGUCUUACUGAUAACCUCAUGGACGAUCUGUUGGACAACAUAACUCUUGCUCAAUCAGCACAGGUUGGUCAAGGGGGUUCUGCUUUCAGUUUUGGAAGCAGCAAUUCAUCUCCAAGCUCCUCUUCUUCUUCACCAAGUGGAGGGAGUAACGGCGGAGGAUUUGGUAAUUCCAUUUUUGGGCCCUCCAGCACAGGACUACGCCAGACACCCAUGCAGACCAUCCAGGAGAACAAGCAAGCAUCAUUCUCAAGCAUUUCUCACUUUGGGAAUGCUACACUUCAGGAGCUGCUGAACUCAGACUCACUAGGCUCCCACAGCCACAGUGAUGUCAUGAUGACACAGUCUGACCCACUUAUAUCACAAACCAGCGCAGCUGUCACUUCUCAGAACUCCCGCCUCCGCAAUGGCCUCAUGCUGCCCAACGAUCCCAUGAUGUCAUCGUUUAGUUCUGGACUCAAAGGUCAGAACAGCCUUCUCCAGAACAACCGACACCAUCAACGUUCCAGCACCCAGGGCUUGUUGCACUCACUCCCCAAAAACAGCCUCCCAAGCCUGGCCAAUGAUGCUAAUAACAUAGCCUCUGCCAAGCAGCAUCUUCAGCAGCAGUCCAUGCUGCUGAGUGAGACUUCUCUUUACUCUGGGCUGAAUGGAGGCAGUGGAAUGGGGAUUGGUCUCUCUUCAGGGACAGAUCGCUUUCCUUCAGACUUGGACUUAGACAUUUUCAACGGGAGUCUCGACUGUGACGUGGAUUCCAUAAUCCGCUCAGACCUGAUGGAUUCUGAUGGACUGGAUUUUAACUUUGAUGCUUUGGUGCAAAAUGCAGUCAACCUCAACCCUGUUGGCAACUUCAAUGGGACAAAGCAGUCCAGUCAAAGCUGGGUGCCUGGCUGAGAGUUGUCACAAAGGCCCAGAACUGCAGUGCAAAAAAUACACGAACAAAAUUCCAUCCAACACAGACUCUCGCCCUCCAUUGCCAAGCCUGCCAUCAGCACAAACAAGCACUGGAUCAUAUGCCUGUUUACAGACUACAACUCUGGAGAAUCUUACCUUCAGUCCAGCAAACACACCAUCAUGAAAGAAUGACUGCAAAGACCCACAUAGAAGUACCAGCCAGCUUACAGAUCCCCUACAGGCAAAGAAGAAAACUUCAAUCAGUGAUGAAAUUGUUUUACCACAGUAAAACAAAACUUUGUCUAGCUACAAAAUGUGUUUUGGAUGGAUGAAAAGUAAUGAGUCAAGACAGAAUUUGAAAAAAUGAGUUGUAUCUGUCAAAAACUAGUUUCUUACUCUGUAUUCAAUACUUUCUACCACUUCUUUUCUUGUUAAUUGUCACAUGCUUGGUCAAUAGUGUCAUCCUCCAAGCACUCACAGUAUAAUUAUUAAUCAAAAUGGUCAAAAAAUAAGAAGACAAAAUCACAUUAAUCUUUAUACCCCAUAACCUUGCAAAUUUCAAAACUAACACUCAGGUGGAGUAAUAUCUUGAAUUGGUGCACUUCAGGUUCUGUCUACAUUUUGAAUAUUGUUAGCAGCAUAAUCACUCUCAAAUUUAAAGUAGUAACCUAACACCAAUACUGAAGUAAAACCUUAUUGUAGCACAAUAUAAUAGGACAAAUUACUUUUGUUUGUGUGUACUGUAUGUAACUAUAAAAAGAAGAAAGAAAAGGUAAUAAGUUCUGGAUUUCUUGUCCAUGCUUCUAAAAUGAGAGCUCAGCUGGUGGAAGAAUGCUUUUUAGCCAGCAAAGCAAUGUGGGAUCUUUGGCAUAUAAAUGUAGCCAAAUUAAUGAAUAAAACUUGGAUUGUGAACAUUUCCAUGCCAUACUGGGUGCUAAAUAAUCAGUGUUGAGCCUUGUCCUUGAUUGAGGCCAUGUGUGUUUACAAGGCUUGAAGGACAGAGCAUUAACAGUUAGCAUUAGCAAUUAGCAUAUGGCAGCAUUCAGUGGUGGGUAGGCCUUCCCUCUGGAAGCCAUCUUUACUGAGCAAAAACAAUAAGCUAUCUUUUGUAUAUUUGCCAAAUUACUUGAACAUUUAGGAGAUGCUGGUAGCCAAAAUUAAGAGAAAACAUACAGAGUUGAAUUUAGGGACUACCUGUCUCUAUAUGCAAACUACAUCACCAUGGCUCAGGGGUGAAAGGGGUCACCAUGACAACAUCAGGGCCCCCAUUGAGAUCUACAACUGCAACCUGGUUGUACAAUUUGUUUGUAAGAUAAAAAAAAGUGUUGCGGUAUGUGAACAUUUAUACAUCGUGCAACAACAAGGCAAGAGUAUGAAACAACAGGAAAUAAUUUUGUUGCUGUUUUUUUCUUUUUUCCAGAGAGGGGUUGGGGCCAGGGAUUGUGGUUUUGCCUCUCCAUUGAGAUUUUUUUCUUUGUUUGUUUCAGAAAGCUCACCUAAUAUCAAAAUUGUGUAAAACCGUCUUUCUCCCUCAGGAGUUACCCUCCACUGCGUACAUCCAUGUAUGCAUGUAACUGUGCAUAUGCAUUGUGUGAAACGCGUAUAUAUGUAUACAUCCUGCUUAAAUUCAUGUAAUGUUGUGAUGAUGCAGUACCAGUUAUUUUUUGAAGGUUGAUGUUUUGAUGAGAAUAGUAUGGGCCUACUUGUUAAAGGGGUCUGGACCACUCAUAGGGAGGUCUCUUUCAAUCCCAGACUGUAAAAUAUUCAGAAACUUCCUUCAUUAGUAGCUUUGAAGCCAGAGUAGCCUCUAAGCGUACAAGCUAGAGGCUGAAUGCUGCAUAAGUGUUGUGGGAAUGGAUAGUGUGUGCAUGGCUGGCAAUACAAUCUUACAGUGCCAUCAGGGGUUUACAGCAUGAUCCCGCACCCUAACUUUGCUGCUCAGUUCAUAAUCUUCUAAUAAACAGACACACACCCAGUAAUGAUCUCAUGGAGUAUGGUCAAACCCACAGAAAAAGCUGACAUCUCAUAAUGCAAGGAGUAACUGACAUAUUGUUUGGGAAAUCCUUCAUAGAGGACAACAGCACUUAGAGACACCUAGAAUACCCCAAAACAAUCCAUAUUUUUAUGACCCUUUAUUAUUCAAGCUAGCCUUGCAUGCCUCCCUUCUUCCCCUCUUUCUCCGCAGAAAAACACCCUAAUAAUUUAUAGACCACCUCAAUAUUUUCAAUAGAAAUGAGGCAAGAGUGCUUGUCUCACUAUUGCAACCCAGCUUUCAUAUCCUCAUAAAUCAAAGGUGUUAUAUACCCAUGCUGAGAAUCAGCAAUAUGAGUACCACUAUUCUAAUCUUUUUUCCCCCCAUCUAUAGCCUCUUUCUAUGUCUCCCACCCAUUAUCUUGGCCCCUUGACCUCUUGAUCCUGUAGUAAUGGCUUCUCUUCUUGAUGUUAGUGGGUAUUUUCUUCCUGUGUAUUCCAUUUUGAAUUGUAAUCUAGUUUGUAUAAGAAAUGGUGCGCAUGUAAAUAAAGCUUGUUGAGCUGAA